GUACCGACCUCCCGCUGCCGGUGGUGCUGAACCCGCCAUGGGGAGAAAGUCAUCCAGAGCGAAAGAGAAAAAGCAGAAAAGGCUGGAGGAGAGGGCGGCCAUGGACGCGAUCUGUGCAAAGGUGGAGACGGCAAACAAGCUCGAAGACCCUUUGGCGCCUUUCCCAGCCUUCAGAAAGUACGACAGAAAUGGAAUGAACAUACUGAUCGAGUGCAAGAGAGUGGCAGACCUGGACACCAGCACUGUGGACUGGGCUGUGGAACUGACCAAGACCAACAUGCAAACCAUGUACGAGCAGAGCGAGUGGGGUUGGAAGGACCGAGAGAAGCGGGAGGAGAUGACGGACGAGCGCGCUUGGUACCUGGUGGCCCGGGAUGGAGGAGGCAAACAGCCCGCUGCCUUCUCCCACUUCCGGUUUGAUGUCGAGUGCGGGGAGGAGGUCCUGUACUGUUAUGAAGUCCAACUGGAGACACGGGUGAGAAGGAAAGGACUGGGGAAGUUCUUGAUGCAGAUCCUCCAGCUGUUAGCCAACAGCACGCAGAUGAAGAAGGUGAUGCUCACUGUAUUUAAGCACAACAGCGGGGCGUAUCAGUUCUUCAGAGAGGCAAUGCAGUUCGACAUCGACGAGUCCUCACCCAGCCUCUCUGGAUGCUGCACGGAUGACUGCUCCUACGAGAUCCUGAGCCGGCGAACCAAAUACGGCGAGCACCCACACCAACACGGGAGUCCACACUGCGGGGGCUGCUGCCACUGAGGGGCCGCCCUUCAGCCCUCCCACUGAUACAAUCCUACCUUCCCCUCCUUUGGGGAGGGGGGGGAAGCCGUCCAUCGCUCCACUGGAAAGUGGAAGCUCUGUGAGUGCGUGGAAUAGCAGACAGCUUUUGUUUUAUAAAGGUUUCGUUCUUUUACUGCACAUCCGUCUAUAUAUAUAUAAAUAUAACGUACUGUGAAUAACACCCAGCCUCUCACUGCCAGACCCGUUCGAGUCUACCCCUGGUUGGGCAAAAUGAAUCUCACUGAAAAUCUGGGCAAAAUGUAGCACAAUCCUUCUGAAAGCCAAAAUGGCUUUUUGCUGUCUUCAUUUUCAAACAAAGAAAAAACCCUCACUUUUUAUACACAGAGGAAGAUGAAUUACUGAGAGACCAGCAAAAUACCUUCACAAGAAACUUGAACUGUUACUUCAUUUCAAUUUUUAAAUAAAUUACU